AUGCUUCCAUAUGCCUUCAAGAACUACGAUACUCGUCUGUCUCAAUCUCGAUCCCUAGAGGCGAUCAAAGCCGCGAUGCCACGCUUUGUCUCAGAAGAAGAUAUAACUGGCCCUUUCAAGUUGCUUAAUCGAGACUUUCGCCUUGGCAAUAUUCUUGUCGACAAGAAUUGGAAAAUCACUGCUGUGCUGGAUUGGGUAUUCUCAAAUGUGGGCCCUAGUCAACUUGCUGAGCUGUUCGCAUGGGACGAUCAGGAGGAUAUGGUGAAGCACAAACUUGAGAGAGAAUUCAAGAAUAAAUUCGAUGCAUUUAUAUUGUUGGUGAGAGAAGAGGAGGAUCGAAGAGGAAUGGAUGAUUCAUUUUCUCGCCGGAUGUCCCAGUACUUAGAGGACGGAACGUUGUGGUUCAACUUGCCGAUCGAAGAGUAUAUGAUUUGGGAGCAUCUACUAGAGCGUGUCUGUUAG